AUGCAGUUGGUGUUUUUCCGUGAGGUGUGGGAGAUGGAGGGGUUGCAGACCGUGGGGAUACUACUGGUGGUCUGUAGCUCCCUCAAACUGAUGCACUUCCUGGGGCUCAUCGAUUUCUCCUCAGAAGGUAAGAUACUUUCUGAGGAGGUAAGUGGGCUGAGGGAUGGAUAUGAGACAGGGGACAGGGGGAGGUAAGGGACAGGAAGGGGUGGUUAGGGAGAGGCAUAAGUAGGGAUAGGGGUAGGAGAAGAGGUUAUGGGCUGGGGACAGAAGUAGGGGCUUGGGGUUAGGGAGAGGGUUAGAGACUGGGAUUAGGUUUGGGGACAGGGGGUAGGUUGCGAUCAGGAUGAGGAUAAGCUCUGGGGACAGGGAAGGGUAGGAGGCAGGGAUAGUGUAACUGUAGAGUUUAGGCAAAGGAGAGGCAGGCUUGGGCAGUAGCAUGUUCUGUGGCAGGAGUAGAAGGUGGUGAUUCAGGCCGGAGUAGGGAUAAGAGUAGGGGCAGAAGAAGGGAAAGAGAUAAACAAUUUAUUAAAGGAGGUAAAUGUUUCUGGUUUAUAUGUACGGCAAGAAGACUAAAUCCUUCAGCUGUCAGAUAAAUGGUGGACUUUAUUGGCUAUAAUUCAGGUUGUUGUAUGUCUAAUCAAGCGGUGUGUGUGUGUGUGUGUGUGUGUGUGCGUGUGUGCACGUGUGUGUGUGUGUGUGUGUGUGUGUGUGUGUGUGAGAGAGAAACCCAGUAAUUAGUCUCCAUAGUACGGCACUCACGUGAGCUGGCAGUGUCACACUGGGCCAUGCUAAUGAGCCCUAACUCAAUCAUACGUAGUAAAUUAGCAUGACCUGAUUUCUCCCUAUCAUCAGGUGUCAUGGUGUGUGUGUGUGUUGGUGGUUUGGGAGAUGUGGGGCAGAAAUAGCUCUGCAUGUGUGUCUACAUCUCUCUGUCCUCUCGCACUCUUCUCUGUGCCUAAUGAGCUGUGGACUGGGACUUGGUCUAUAGUUUAUAUUAGUACUGGACAAAUUCAGUUUUUUGGAUAGUGGGUUAUGGAUUGUGGCAGUUUGAGGGUAAUAGUAAACAUGUUUUUCCAAAAUGUGGUUUGAAUAUGGAUACCCUCAAGGGAACACAAGGCAGAGCUAGCCGAAAAGACAUAAAACAAUUUAUUUCCAGACAUUCUUUGACUUGAGUUGAUAGGGUCCAUUUCAUCAACUGCUUUUCCUUAUUACGUAGGGAAUAAUGUCACCCUGUGUGUGUGUGCGUGUGUGUGCGCAUUUUGGCUAGAGACAGAGCAGUAUGUGAGUGACUCAGCCCUGGUGGCCAUAUGGCUUUGAUCACCCUACGUGGGCCAAAUCACAAACACACACAAUACAUCCCAUCUCCCCGGGCUACUGUGUGUGUGCGUGUUUGUGUGUGUGUGUUUGUUUGUGUGUAUAUUGGGGGACUGUGUGUGUAUGCAUGGGUGCGUGUGUGUGUUGGGGGGGCUGCCGUGGGACAUUCAGGUUACCAGAUGACAGAGAGCAAUAGAGAGCUAUUGUGAGCAAAGUGAGACAUCUGUUAUCCCCCCUAACCUUCACACCUGCAUAUACAGAGUUCCCACCUGGGUAAAUAGUUUUAAUCUCUUUAGCUGAUUCAGACUGCAGUAAAUAAAAAAGUCUGCUGAAAAAAGAAGGUAAUAUAUCAUACAGAUACAGUAGCAGCUGUCAUGAUUAUACACUGUCCCUAAAACCACUCUGGUAUAUUCCUCUGAGCUUUCCUUCACUGUAUUCCACUACUUUACUUGUGUAAUUCAAUCUCUGUAAUGGCAAAACACUGUAUUGACAAGCAAAAAUGAUAAGGUACUUUAACUUGCUGGCAGAAUCCCAUCACACACUCUCCCAAGGAGAGCGAAGAAAGGGAGAGAGAGAGAGAGAAAAAAAUAGUGGAGGGCGAGAGAUUCUGAGCGGCGAUCUCUCUCUAGAGCUCGAGAUCUCUCUCAUCGUCGACUCUCUCUCUCUCUCUCAAGUGAAACCACAAACCGGGGGCCAGAGGGCUCUCCUACGUGGCCGAUGUCAAAUCUGAGCGUAAGGGAUCACACACAUCGAGAGAGCAGCGGAAGAAGAUGACACAGGACACACCUGGAGAGAGAAGAUAGAGCGAGGGCUAAGCGAGGAGAUCGAGGCUCUCUCCUAUCUCUCUCUCCUCUGAUCAUGUGCUGCGCUGUGGAACACACCACACACCCUGGGGCAGGAGGGUGAUGGGACUGUGUCUAAUGGGCUCACAGACAUGACUAUCUAUGGCAUCAGAUGUAUUAUCUGAUGCAAUGGGCUCAAACACCACUCUUCUCCAUCUCUCUCUAACUCUCAGAUGCGCUAGUCUAUCGCUCUGCUCUCUCUCGAGCUCUAUACUAUCUCGCUCUCUCUCUCUCUCUCGCUAUCUCUCUCUCUCUCUCUCUAUCUCUCUCUCUCUCUCUCUCUCAAGUGCACACACCACACACCCUGGGGCAGAGGGCUGACUGGGACUGUGCUACGUGGCCAGAUGUAUUAUCUGAUGCCUAAUGGGCUGCCUGGUCAGCCUUCAAGUGACGCCAACACACUCCCAAUGACUAGCACAGACCAGGAGAGAGGAAGAGACAGGGAGAAAGAGGGAGGUAAAGAGUAAGAUAGAUAGAGAGUACUGGUAUACAGUACAGAGUACAGAAGUGUAUAAAUGUAUUGGUAUAGUUAGGGUUAAGGUUAUACUGUACUGGUCUCUAUCAUGGCCUUCAUCCCUCAGACUGCUGGAGUUCAACUAAAAGGUGUGAAGUUGCUGUUACCAUGGAGAUGCAAGAGUAAGUCCCCCCUCUCUUCUUCUCUCUGCCUUAACCUUUAGGACACAGAAGGAUACGGUAUUGUUGUACUUGGGUUGUACUUGUACUGUUUGUGUGAUAAGGUGAAGGUGGGGUGAGUAGUGAGUAACAUGGGCUGAUUUCUGGUGGAUGAGUUCUGAUGGAUAAGUUCUUAUGGUUGAGUUCUGAUAAAUGAGUUUUUAUUGAUGAAUUCUGAUGGAUGAGUUCUGAAAAAUGAGUUCUUAUUGAUGAAUUCUAACGGAUGUUCUGAUGGAUGAGUUCUGAUGGAGAAGUUCUGUGGAUGAUUUCUAGUGGAUGAGUUAUGAUGGAUUAGUUCUGGAGUUCUGAUGGAUGAGUUCUAGUGGAUAGGUUAUGCUCUGUGAGAAUGUGAGGACUGGUGAGGUUUGAGUCGUUCGAUUAAGGUCCCUGUGAAUCUUGAUCUAACAGAUGUGAACUUGAUUUUAUAUACGCACUAGAGAGUUGGGCUUUAGCUCAAGGUCGUUUUCAUGUAAAAGGACCUAUGAGCACCAACAUGUGAAGUUCAUAGGAGCAUGUCAAAUUGGGUGUCAAAUGAAAGCUAAGAGUCCAUAUUUUUGAGCAAUUAAGGCAUAUAUAAAUUUUUCAACCAUUUCCAUCCUAAAAAUUAGGAAUAAGCGAAGGUUUUCAUUUCUGGUCAAACAAAUGAAAAAGGGGGCUUAGAAAACAUCUACCAGAAAAAGUAUUAAAAUGUAUUAGAAAUACAUCAAAAUGUAAUAAUGUUGAAGUAAAGUCCCCUGCCAGCUAAUAUCAACACUUAUAUUUAGUAUAAGUAUAUUUAGGGGCUUGGGGGACGGGGGCUUGGGGACAGGGGGCUUGGGGGACGGGGGCUUGGGGACAGGGGGCUUGGGGGACCGGGGCUUGGGGACAGGGGGCUUGGGGACGGGGUUUGGGGACAGGGGGCUUGGGGCUUGGGGGACGGGGGCUUGUUGGGGGAGGGCUUGGGGGACAGGGGCUUGGGGGGGGGGGGGGGUCUUGUGGGUGGGGGGCAGCUCUUGGUGAACUGUGGGGGGGAUCUUGGAGGGCUGGUGGCCUGGCGGUUGGGAGCUUGGGGCGGUGGCUGAUGGGUCGCUGGUUCGGGUCCCUGUUUUUGACGACGUGCCCUUGAGCAGGGCGUUGACCCUGGUUGCUUCUGUGGGUCGCUCUGGAUGGGAGUCUGUUAGAUGACUAAUGUGAUGUAGAUGUUGAGCGGCUUCACUGCAAGUAGAUUGCAUGUUUUAAAUAUUCAAAAAAUGUACAUUUCUGCCUUCAAUAAGUUUAAGAAACAUUGCCUUGUGCCUUGAAAUUCCGUUACCAAAAAACAACAUAUCUUUAAGAUAUUUUAGAAUAAUGAAAGUUCACAGAAGUAACAAGUAAAGGUAGAACUAUCAAUAUGUUAGUGUUUUACUGUUAUCAAUUUUGUUAAUUAAUUAUUAAGUGAUUCAAACUCAGAAUUCUGUUACCAAAUCUGUAACCUCCCGAGUGGCGCAGUAGUCUAAGGUUCGAAUCCAGGCUCUGUUGUAGCCGGCCGCGACCGGGAGACCCAUGGGGCGGCGCAUAAUUGGCCCUGCGUCGUCCAGGGUAGGGGAGAGAAUGGCUGACAGGGAUGUAGCUCAGUUGGUAGAGCAUGGUGUUUGCAACGCCAGGGUUGUGGGUUCAAUUCCCACGGGGGGCCAGUAUGAAAAAUAAAAUAAUGUAUGCACUCACUAACUGUAAGUCGCUCUGGAUAAGAGCGUCUGCUAAAUGACUAAAAUGUAAAUGUAACGGAAUUUCUGCAAUUCAAUUGGCUACAAUAGGAAAUCAUAGUAUUCACAAACCAAGUUUGGGUUCACAAGUUUAUAGUCCCGUGUAGCUCAGUUGGUAGAGCAUGGCACUUGCAAUGCCAGGGUUGUGGGUUCAUUUCCUACGGGGGGCCAGUAUGAAAAUGUAUGCACUCACUAACUAUAAGUCGCUCUGGAUAAGAGCGUCUGCUAAAUGACAAAAAAUUAAUAAAAUGUUUAGGUUCACUGAACUGAACUGAACUCUACUGUACUGUACUGAACUCUACUCUACUGUUCUGUGCUGUACUCUACGGAGCUCUACUGUGCUUUACUUUGUUGUCCAAACUUGUAAAACAUAGACAUCUAUGAUUGGUUCAGAUUUGGUCUGGUCCGGAUCAACCAAAUGUAGUCUUGUUUUGGGGCAAAGUUCAUAAAAAUAAUAGCCAGUGUGUAGAAUAAUACCCAAAUAUGCAAAGGAGGAUAUUGAAUAUUUAUAAUUUUGUGUACCUAUCACCAUGAAGAGAAUUAUAUUAAUAUCCAUCAUUAUGCAUUUCUAUGUAGUACAGAUCAGGGACCCAUGAUGAAAUUCCGUUACCGUGUGUAAACCCACUUCACUUACUGUAGUUCAAUAACCAAAAUAGUAUUUUUCAUAGUCAAUGUGUCAUGUCAUAGCUGACACUACAUUCUUCCCGCUGACAUGGUUGAAUCUUAAUUUUUGGAAAACGUGGACACAUAAAACAGGGAGAUUUUACUGAAAUUCUGGUACCAAAUUUUUAAUCUGCACUGUUCUUGCAGUAAAUGUGUUUUUGUAAAAUGUUCAGUGUAAAUUGUUAAAGGUAGUCCUUAUGCAUAGAGUUGUAUGGUUUGUUCAACUUUUAAAUCAAUGUUUUUUGUUUGGCAUACAUUUUAACUGACAAAUCUGAGUCUCAGCGCAAUUCCGUUAUCGUGGAAUUGCCCUCAACUGCUUACCAUAUGGUAGUCUAGGAAUUGUCUAGAAAUUGUGCUGCAUUGCUUCCUUAAUCUCUCUGAAAAUAUUAUAUAAAUGUGAUUCCUACCUCAUAAGAACAUUUUAUCUUGCUCUGUUUGCCAUUGACUUCCCUCAGUUCCCUAUAGUCCGUUCAGACUGAAGAUGUAAUUAUGGCUUCAUACUGAGUAUUCAUUAUUUGUUUGUGUUUGCCAAUGACUCCCCCGUAGAGGUCUAUGUAUGGUGGUGUAAGCUAAUAGCUGGAAUGGACGCCCAUCCUAGAAAAGCCAGGUCAGCGAACCAAACCGCAACCGCUGGGAGACUGCCGCGCAUGCUUCAAUGCGUUGCAUGUUGCUUAUGCUGUGUGUGCGUGCAUGCGUGCAUGGCUGUGGGUUUGCAUGUCAGUUUAUGUGCAUGUGCAGGCCUGCGUCUGUGAGAUUUUCUUCUGCCUGUGUGUUUCUGUGUCUGCUCUGUCUAACCUCUGCUAUGGUUGGUGAUUACAGGUAACACUCCCACCAUCAAAAGUAAAAAGACUAUAAAGCAGAGAUUCCUCAAGCUGCUCCCCUGCUGCACGCCUUCUGUUGCCGCCUCAGUCAGUCAAUGCAAGUGAUUCACUCUCUACACACACACAAAUGGGAGCGCAAAUGCGCACACACACACACCCACGCAAAAACACACACACACACACACAAUAUAUAUCUGGAUAUACUCUAUCUCAGUAUAAUUGGACUGUGUGUUUUGGUCUCCUGGGAAAAUGAUGGUAUUUUUGUCUGAUAUGGUGUGUGACGGAGUCUGAUGUGCAGAGGUGAGAUGGGGACAGACAGUCACCCAUGCUAUGCCUGUUGGGAUAGGAGGAGAGGAGGAGUGGGGCAUGGUUGUCUUCAGCUGACUGUGUGUGCAAUGAGGUUGGGAUAGAGGAAGAGAGGGAUGAGUGGAGAGAGAAAUGGAUGGGGAGGGAGAGAUGGAAUGUGAGGAUCAUAUCAUAUUGGUUGAAGAUCUGAUGGCUUUUGUCAUUACACUGUUGUUUCGAUAGGUUACCACUACUUACCACUACUUUCACUGAAGGUUAUCAUCAAUGAGUACAUCAGGUUACUAUAUUAACCUCUCCAUAGAUAUUCAGGAAUCUCAUGAAUCUCACAGUGUGAUGUUGAUAUUUUAGCUUUCUAUUGAUGACUUGACGGCUACGUGUCUUCGUUUGUGCUCUUCAGUUUAGGAGAAUUGUAACAUAAUGUAAAUGUAACGAUUACUCAUCUAGCUGUAUGUACAGGUUAAGCUACAGUAGUGUAAUGAUAUUUCAAAAGUUGAUCAUUAACAUUGAUAUACACUGAGUGUACAAAACAUUAAGAACACCUUCCUAAUAUUGAGUUGCACAACAACCCCCGCCCCCAUCAGUUCGUCAGGGCAUGGACUCAACAAGGUGUUGAAAGUGUUCCACAGGGAUGCUGGCCCAUGUUGACUCCAAUGCUUCCCACAGUUUUGUCAAGUUGGCUGGAUGUCCUUUGGGUGGUGAACCAUUCUUGAUAUACACAGGAAACUGUUGAGCUUGAAAAACCCAGCAGCGUUGCUGUUCUUGACACAAACCAGUGCACCUGGCACCUACAACCAUACCCCGUUCAAAGGCACUUCAAUAUUUUGUUUUGCCCAUUCACCAUCUGAAUGGCCCAUAUACACAAUGUCACACCCUGGCUCGGGGACUCUAUAUGUUGAGCCAGGGUGUGUGCAUUCUAUGUGUUCGUUUUCUAUGUUGGGUAUUCUAGUUGUUCUGUUUCUAUGUUUUGCCUGUAUGACUCCCAAUCAGAGGCAACGAGUGUCAGCUGUCGGCUGGUUGUCUCUGAUUGGGAGCCAUAUUUAAUCUGUAUGUUUUCCUUUGGGUGUUGUGGGUUUUUGUUCCGUGUCGGUAUGUUAACCGUUGGACUUCACGAGUCGUGUUUUGUUUGUUUGUUAGUACUUUAAUUAAAUAAAGUCAUGUUUCUUUCACACGCUGCGCCUUGGUCUACUACUCCUUACCCAGACGAUCGUGACAGAAAAACCCACCAUACAAGGACCAAGCAGCGUGUCCAGGAGCAGGCAGUCUGGUCAUGGGAGGAAGCGCCAGGAAAGGAGAUGGAGAGGCUGGCGAUGGCCCCAGGUGGGCAAAGUGUGGUCCUGGGAGGACAUGCUCGGGGGCAAGGGACCUUGGGGUAGGAUCAAGGCCCUGGCGAGAGAGGAGCAGCGGCGUCAGCAGUGCCAUCGUCGGACGGACGAGAGGCACCCCCAAUAAUUUUUUAGGGGGGGGCACACGGCAUGGGCGACUGGGCAGCAGGAGGCUGCCACAGGGCGAAAUAGGAGAAGAGGAGAGAAGGCCACGGGAGCCAUUGGCGAGAGGAGGGAAGGAAGUCGUAGAGGCACGGCGAGAGGGACUGAGGUGUAUUGCCAGUCUGGUCCGGCCCGUUCCUGAUCCCCGUUUAAAGCCAGUGGUGUGUGUUCCCAGUACGGUCCGGCCCUGUCCCUGCUCCACGCACCAAACCUACGGUGUGCGUCGCCAGCCCAGCCCGGCCUGUCCCUGCUCCACGCACUAAGCCUACGGGGUGCGUCGCCAGCCCAGCCCGGCCUGUCCCUGCUCCACGCACCAAACCUACGGUGUGCGUCGCCAGCCCAGCCCGGCCUGUCCCUGCUCCACGCACCAAACCUACGGUGUGCGUCGCCAAGCCCAGCCCGGCCUGUCCCUGCUCCACGCCACCAAGCCUACGGGGUGCGUCGCCAGCCCCAGCCCGGCCUGUUCCUGCUCCACGCCACCCAACCUACGGUGUGCGUCGCCAGCCCUGCCCGGCCUGUUCCUGCUCCACGCACCAAAACCUACGGUGUGCGUCGCCAGCCCAGCCCGGCCUGUCCCUGCCUCCACGCACCAAACCUACAGUGUGCGUCGCCAGCCCAGCCCGGCCUGUCCCUGCUCCACACACCAAACCUACGGUGUGCGUCGCCAGCCCAGCCCGGCCUGUCCCUGCUCCACGCACCAAGCCUACGGGGGUGCGUCGCCAGCCCUGCCCGGCCUGUUCCUGCUCCACGCACCAAACCUACGGUGUGCGUCGCCAGCCCAGCCCGGCCUGUCCCUGCUCCACGCACCAAACCUACGGUGUGCGUCGCCAGCCCAGCCCGGCCUGUCCCUGCUCCACGCACCAAACCUACGGUGUGCGUCGCCAGCCCAGCCCGGCCUGUCCCUGCUCCACGCACCAAGCCUACGGGGUGCGUCGCCAGCCCAGCCCGGCCUGUCCCUGCUCCACGCACCAAACCUACGGUGUGCGUCGCCAGCCCGGCCCGGCCUGUUCCUGCCACUCGCACCAAACCUACGGUGCGCGUCGCCAGCCCGGCCCGGCCUGUUCCUGUCACUCGCACCAAGCCAGGGGUGCGAGUCGCCAGCCCGGCCCGGUCUGUUCCGGCCACUCGCACCAAGCCAGGGGAGCGAGUUGCCAGCCUGGUCCAGCCUGUUCCUGCCACUCGCACCAAGCCAGGGGUGCGAGUCGUCAGCCUGGUUCAGCCCGUUCCUGCUACUCGCACCAAGCCCGGGGGUGCGAGUCGUCAGCCUGGUAAGACCGGUCAGCUGCUCCACAACGGAGCGUAAGCAAUCCGCUCCGUCAAUGUCCAGUCCAGAUCCAGCCAGCGGGGUCAGACCGGACCAGGGGUGCUACGGGGGUAGUAUGGAGGGGUGGUGGUCAAAGCCGGAGCCGGAGCCGCCUCCGAGGAGGAAUGCCCACCCAGCCCUCCCCUGUUUGGGGUGUUUAGACGCGGUCGCAGUCCGCGCCUUUAGGGGGGGGUACUGUCACACCCUGGCUCGGGGACUCUAUAUGUUGAGCCAGGGUGUGUGCAUUCUAUGUGUUCGUUUUCUAUGUUGGGUAUUCUAGUUGUUCUGUUUCUAUGUUUGCCUGUAUGACUCCCAAUCAGAGGCAACGAGUGUCAGCUGUCGGCUGGUUGUCUCUGAUUGGGAGCCAUAUUUAAUCUGUAUGUUUUCCUUUGGGUGUUGUGGGUUUUUGUUCCGUGUCGGUAUGUUAACCGUUGGACUUCACGAGUCAUGUUUUGUUUGUUUGUUAGUACUUUAAUUAAAUAAAGUCAUGUUUCUUUCACACGCUGCGCCUUGGUCUACUACUCCUUACCCAGACGAUCGUGACACACAAUCCAUGUCGCAAUUGUCUCAAGGAUAAAAAAUCCUUCUUUACCCUGUCUAUUUCCCUUCAUCUACACUGAUUUGAAGUGGAUUUAACAAGUGACAUCAAUAAGGGAUUAUAGCUUUCACCUGGCUAGUCUAUGUCAUGGAAAGAGCAGGUGUUCCUCCUGCUUUGUACAGUCAGUGUAGUUGGUUAUGUUUUUAACACUAAUAUUAUUACUAGUACCAAUUAAAAGGUGUGCCAGGCAGGCACCUGUAGGAGUAGCCUACAGGUAUAUCUAACAUACAGUAUCUCUCUCUGUCCCACAGACAGUGUAGAAGAUGACUUUGAGUUGUCCACCGUGUGCCAUCGACCAGAGGGUCUGGACAAACUACAGGAGCAGACCAAGUUCACCAAGAAGGAACUGCAAGUUCUCUACAGGGGCUUCAAGAAUGUGAGUCUGGGGAUGCGGGGAGGAGAGGGUAUGGGGAUGGAGAUAUGGGAUGUUAGAAGCCUGGGGCUGAGGAUGGGGGUUGGGAAAGGGGAGGAAACUACAAGUUCUCUACAGGGGUUACAAGAGCUUUCAAGAGCUUUUCCUAAAGCUAAGCUGUUUUGAUAUAUAAUAGUAGAAGUAUAUGGAUGGCAGCAGACUUGCAAUCUGACUCUGAUCCUGUUAUUUUCUGUGUUGUUGUUUGUAGGAGUGUCCGAGUGGAGUGGUGAAUGAGGAAACCUUUAAAACCAUCUACUCCCAAUUCUUCCCCCAGGGAGGUGAGUCAAUGACCCUUGAACCUUUGACCCCUGACUUCUAAUGUAGUAUUUCAAAGAUCUGAUACUCCCCAAAGUAACUGACAAUUUAAUUAAGGAAAGCAACAUUUAACACCAGUGACAUUUGUAUUUAUGUGAUGUCCCAUAGAAUAUAUAUUUUUAACAUUAUGUCUGUGCUACUUACAGUAGGACAUUUACACGGCUGUGUUUGAUAUUAUAUUUAGGUUGAACGUUUAUUUAACUACUUGUUACAGGUGGAAAGUGCCUUGUUUGAAAUGACAUUUAUGUACUCACAACUUGUUUGAUCAAGUUACAGUAGGAAAGGGUAUUUGGGUCUUGUUCUAAAUAUAUUUAUCCACUUGUUUGAGGAAUUUUUUGUAUGAUGGCGUCCCAGAUAUAUUUUCUAUGUUACAUUCCUGUACAUCUCUGUCCUUUCAGAUUCGGGUGCGUAUGCACAUUUCCUGUUUGAGGCCUUUGACACUAACAAGAAUGGAUCAGUUAGUUUCGAGGUAAGACUAUUUUUACUAUAGUCUACUUCCUAAGGGAGUCCGGAAAAACGCUCUCUGUCUGUAAAUAUGCAGCUGUAACAGAAUACAUGCCUUUCCUCUCCUUUUCAACACACACACACACACACACACACACACACAACCUAAGGGUCGAAACAUUGUUGAUGAACACACUGGUGAGUAUAUAAUGUAUUGCAGUGAGCCACAUAAUCUUCUUUGCUGAUGCUAUAGCACCAGACAACUCAUAUUGUGAUAUCACAACACAAUACAUGUCCUUCCUCUCACUCAAUGUCAAUACAUAGCUUUAAACAGCUUGUACGGAUGGUUAUUAACUUGUAGUGGUGGAAAAAGGGUAAAUGUUGAAUGCUGGUGGGUAUGACAGGUGGCGAGGAAUGUACACACAAACAUUAAAUCUCUCUCUCUUUCUCUUUUUUUCUGUCCUUUCCCAGGACUUUGUGUUUGGUCUGUCUAUCAUUCUGAGAGGAACGAUAAAUGACCGGCUAAACUGGGCCUUCAACAUGUACGACCUAAACAAAGACGGCUGCAUCACCAAAGAGGUAACACACACAGAUGCACACAUACACACACAAUACAUACCUUCCAUUCUGAAUUCUGAUUCUCCUCUUCUAAGUUCUGAGCUUUCUGUGUUCUAAAUGUGACCGGUUACAGUAGGCCCGUUAAAAAAUAGUUAUAUUUUAAAUUGUAUUUUGUAGAAAACCUUCUUGAACAUGUGAACUUUCAUGUGCCUUAAUUACAAACUUGUAUGGGAUCUGUAAAUAUGAAGAAAAUAUAUAUAUAUAUAUAAAGUUGAAGUCGGAAGUUUACAUACACCUUAGCCAAAUACAUUUAAACUCAGUUUUUCACAAUUCCUGACAUUUAAUCCUAGUAAGAAUUCCCUGUCUUAGGUCAGUUAGGAUCACCACUUUAUUUUAAGAAUGUGAAAUGUCAGAAUAAUAGUAGAGAGAAUUAUUUAUUUCAGCUUUUUUUUCUUUCAUCACAUUCCCAGUGGGUCAGAAGUAUACAUGCACUCAAUUAGUAUUUGGUAGCGUUGCCUUUAAAUUGUUUAACUUGGGUCAAACGUUUCGGGUAGCCUUCCACAAGCUUCCCACAAUAAGUUGGGUGAAUUUUGGCCCAUUCCUCCCCACAGAGCUGGUGUAACUGAGUCAGGUUUGUAGGCCUCUUUGCUCACACACGCUUUUUCAGUUCUGCCCACAAAUGUUCUAUAGGAUUGAGGUCAGGGCUUUGUGAUGGCCACUCCAAUACCUUUACUUUGUUGUCCUUAAGCCGUUUUGCCACAACUUUGGAAGUAGGCUUGGGGUCAUUGUCCAUUUGGAAGACCCAUUUGCGACCAAGCUUUAACUUCCUGACUGAUGUCUUGAGAUGUUGCUUCAAUAUAUCCACAUCAUUUUCCUUCCUCGUGAUGCCAUCUAUUUUGUGAAGUGCACCAGUCCCUCCUGCAGCAAAGCACCCCCACAGCAUGUUGCUGCCACCCCCGUGCUUCACGGUUGGGAUGGUGUUCUUCGGCUUGCAAGCCACCCCCUUUUUCCUCCAAACAUAAGAAUGGUCAUUAUGGCCAAACAGUUAUAUUUUUGUUUCAUCACACCAGAGGAUAUUUCUACAAAAAGUAUGAUCUUUGUCCCCAUAUGCAGUUGCAAACCGUAGUCUGGCUUUUUUAUGGCGGUUUUGGAGUAGUGACUUCUUCCUUGCUGAGCGGCCUUUCAGGUUAUGUCGAUAUAGAUACUUUUGUACCUGUUUCCUCUAGGAUCUUCAUAAGGUCCUUUGCUGUUGUUCUGGGAUUGAUUUGCACUUUUCACACCAAAGUACGUUCAUCUCUAGGAGACAGAACGUGUCUCCUUCCUGAUCGGUAUGACGGCUGUGUGGUCCCAUGGUGUUUAUAGUUGCGUACUACUGUUUGUUGCAAAUUGCUCCCAAGGAUGAACCAGACUUGUGGAGGUCUACAAUUUGUUUUCUGAGGUCUUGGCUGAUUUCUUUUCAUUUUCCCAUGAUGUCAAGCAAAGAGGCACUGAGUUUGAAGGUAGGCAUUGAAAUACAUCCACAGGUACACCUCCAAUUGACUCAAAUGAUGUCAAUUAGCCUAUCAGAAGCUUCUAAAGCCAUGACAUCAUUUUCUGGAAUUGUCCAAGCUGUUUAAAGGCACAGUCAACUUAGUGUAUGUAAACUUCUGACCCACUGGAAUUGUGAUACAGUGAAUUACAAGUUAAAUAAUCUGUCUGUAAACAAUUGUUGGAAAAAUUACUUGUGUCAUGCACAAAGUAGAUGUCGUAACCGACUUGCCAAAACUAUAGUUUGUUAACAAGAAAUUUGUGGAGUGGUUGAAAAACAAGUUUUAAUGACUCCAACCUAAGUGUAUGUAAACUUCCAACUUCAACUGUAUUAGCCUAGUUUACCCAAGGAGAAAGCACUGAGCUAUUCAGGUAGAAAGACAGGAUCCUUCCUGGCUAGUCAUGAUUGGCUGAGAUAAUGGGGUGGUUGGAAAUGUCCUGAUUAGUCUGUCAUGUCACAGGCUUCUGUCUAUAACAUAAUGGGGGCUUCCCUGAGGGGUAUCCUAUGAAGCAGUUAGUUGAGGAGUUAGCGAGGUAACUUUGGUCAACUCUGAGUUCAACUCGGGAUAACCGGUCAUACGAAAGUGACUCACCUUUUAGCCAGGUAAAUUUCUAUGGCAACGAAUCCUUCAGAACUAACCUGCUCCGGGGCAGGCUAACUCACGGCUAACUUCACUUACCCUGAUUGAAAUUACUGAUCCGCAAGUUGAAGACCAAUGAAAUCAGAUUCCCUCCCUCUUGCAAAGAUUGCAUCAUCAUCCCCUUCAUUUAAGGAAGACAUAUUUUAUUCAUCAAAUGGUGUUUUUUUCUGUAAAAAAAUUGUAAUGUUAAAAUAUAUCACAUUACACAUUUAGUAAUGACAGAAUGAAUUUUAAACUUCACGCAAUGUACACUUUUGUAUGACUUAAUAAAAAAUAAGAAAUCAUAGAGGCGUGUAAAAAGGUGCUUGUGCAUUGAUAAGCACACCAAAGACGGCAUUAAUGAUAAGUAAUAAAAUAAAGACAGCACUUCUAAAAGCCUAUUUCACACCAUAGCCUGCUGAAUUUGCAAGAUAACUUUUCUUUCAUUUUGAUGAAAAUGUGGCACUGACUCGCCAUUGGAUUGAUGUUUCAGCAUUGUCUCAAUGAAGAGUUUGGCGUUCGACUUGCACGUGCAGUUACAAGCCUGCUAAAGUUAGCAGCAGGCGGACGAGCAAUAUCUACCAUUGUAAUACGGAUAAAGCCUGAGCUAGAAUGUGAAGCUAACAGAAACUGGUUAGCUUUAGAAAACCCUGAGUAGAUCUAGCUUGCUUCGUAGUAUACCCCUCUGGUCAGUAUAUAGAUCAUCUUUGCUACUUUGGAUGUUUUGAAAAAUAUAGCUAUGGACAACUGCAAAAGUAUUGCUACAGCUCUCAAAAACAUUGCUGCCCAGAAUUUAGCUGGGUUUAAGUAAAGAGACUACUUUCUGGAGGACAAUGCCAUGCUGACUCACAAAAAUGUGAUUUGUUAUGUUUUAUAUAUAUUUCCACACUAUGAGGUUGGAAUAAUACUUUGCAAUUGUGAAAAUGAUGAUAAUGCCCAUUUAGUGUAAGAGCUGUUUGAAAAGACAGCCUGAAAUUUCAGCCUGUUUUGGUGGGAGGGAGUUUUGGCCUUCCAUGAUGAAAUCACCAUGCGGUUAAUACAUUUUCAGUUUUCCCCUCCCCACCAAAAAAACAAGUUUAUUAUCUUUUAAAGCAGCAUAACAUUCCCAGGCUUCCUCAACUACAGUGUAUGAUAUCUGUACUUUUAUAAAAUGUAAAAAAUAAGCAAAUCACUUACACUUGACCUAAGCCUCGAUAGAGAAAUCUGGACACAAAUCUAAAGUAUAUUCUAAAAUUGACAGUUCUCAACUUUACAAUCAAUCUCAGAUUGGAGAGUGAUUGACUGAUCUUGUGCUAUGACAGUAUACCCUGUGUCAUCUCUCUCUCUCUUUCUCUCUCCCUCUCUGUAUCUCUGUAGGAGAUGAUGGAUAUAAUGAAGUCUAUCUAUGAUAUGAUGGGGAAGUACACAUAUCCCUGUAUGCAGGACGAGGCGCCCAGAGAACAUGUGGAGAGCUUCUUCCAGGUCAACAGACACUUUCCGUUUAUCAAAUCCAAUACUUUAGGACAAGCCCUUGAGCAAGGCACUGCUCCAGAGGCACUGCUCCAGAGGCACUGCUCCAGAGGCACUGAUUGACAUUUCUCCCCCUUUUCCUCCCCUUUCUCCCUUCUAGAAAAUGGAUCGUAAUAAUGACGGGGUGGUCACUAUUGAUGAGUUCAUCGAGUCAUGCCAAAAGGUAGGUUGUGUGUUUUUAUUUAAAGUAAUUUUUUGGUCAGACCGGUUCCAUUUGUGUAACUGACCAAUGAAUCCACAGAUCUCACUAAGGUUCAUUGGGGCGAUCCCCAAGGUUUGGUUUGAGGACAGUUACUGUUACCCCAUUUUCAAACAUUGUUUUGUUCCUUUGUAAAGUGUGUUGUGACCCAUGUAAAAUGCAAUUUAGAGAGAGAGAGAGAGAGAGAGAGAGAACACUGUCUGAUCAGAGUCCUCUGAGGGUCACCUCUACUGUCGUCUCUGUUUUAGGGAAUCAGACUCCCUUGAGAAAGAACAAGAAGCUGAAACAAAAAGGGUUUCAUUGUGCCUCUGGAAACUUGCUGUUCUUGUUGUCUCUCUAUACCUAAGAUUUCUAUCUCUCCUUCUCUCUCCAUCCCUCUCUCACUCUCUUCAGGAUGAGAACAUCAUGCAGUCCAUGCAGCUGUUUGACAACGUCAUCUAGGAGCCUCUGAUAUAGAAAAGGGGCUGGAGGACAGGGGAGGUGUGUGUGAGAGUGUGCACGUGUAUUUGUGUGUGUGUGCGCAUGUUUGUGCGUGUGCGUGCAUUUGUGUGUUGUGGGGGGGCUCUGAGAGGGCCCUGGACAUUGACCCUCAGCCCCCCCCCUAAAUCCUGACCCCUCCUUCUAGCUCCUUUCUCUCCGCACCCACUCCAAGCCAAUAGGAGGCGCCUCCUCUUAUCCAACCCUUCAUCACUUCCAGAGACACAGAGAAGAGAGGGGCUGGCUCAUAGACUCUGAUCCACACCCACAACCACACCAAGGAUCUGUUCAGGAAUGUGCAACGUUACAGAACGUUCAGAUAGAAAUGUGUUUUGUAGAACAGAUUGAUUGCCUGUCGUGUGUAAUAGGGAGUCAAUCGUGUCAGCUCUAUUCGUCUAUCUGCAACGUUCGUGAUGAUUUUGCCUCAUUGAAUACACCCGUUUCAUUAACCAUUUUAUUAUUUAACACUCCUGUUUCCGAGAAAGCUGCUGUAGCCUGCUGGCUGGACUCAACAUAGGAUUAAGUCCCCCUACUCACUGAUCUAAGGUCAGUUUUGCAUAUCCCCACCUAAUGGUUAAGGUUAGGGUCAGGAGUGGUUCAGCUGAUCCUAGAUCUGUGGAAGGUUACUUCUACCAGAGCAGCUGGACUCCUGACACCUCUGUCAUUAAAACAGAGGUAACUAGCGCCACUUAGUGGACAAAAGGACACAACGGAACAGAAGGGACUGUGGAUCUGAUGGAUGAGACUCUUCACAAACAGAAAAUACAUAAUCAUUUAGUCAUUUAGCAGACGCUCUUAUCCAGAGCGACUUACAGUUAGUGAGUGCAUACAUUUUCAUACUGCCCCCCCGUGGGAAUCAAACCCACAACCCUGGCGCUGCAAGCACCAUGCUCUACCAACUGAGCUACACAGGGUUCAGACAUAUAAUUCAAUAAGGGACUGAUUUUAAUAUCGCAUGAUGAUGUCUCCAAUAAUAACCUAUACAUAUUUACAUAAAUACUAUAGCCUGUCUGUUGUCUGUCUGCUGUUCCUAGAGUCAUCCACAGGUGCCUCGCUCCGUGUGUGUGUGCGAAUGUGUAUGUGUGUGUACGUGCUUGCGUGCAUGUGAGAGAGAGGCUGUACUUGUCAUUCCCGUCUCCGGUAGGAAUCCAUUCAGAUUUCAACCCCAUAUGAGACCUCCUUCGUAUUAACACUAACUUACCCUCUGGCCUUUAUACCUGUUACCUUAGCUGUAGGUGUAUGCUGACUGUUGUACCUCUUCCAAUAACCCUGUGGUCAAGAACUACUGAACAGUCUGUGGCACUAUAUUGAUGAACAUGCUGCUUGGACUAUCUAGGCUCCCGUAGACCCCUUUCUGUAUUUACAGGUGACUAACUGA